GUCGUCCGAGAUCAUUGAAAGCCCCGGCCUCCAUUCUUCUCGGGCCCGACACACGACCCACGUUUGUCAGCAGCCCUGCUCUGUCUCCGGCUCGUGCUGCCGGACCGAUCUGAGUUUCUUCGCCCGCCUUGGUCGCCACGACUCACGACUUUCAGGGUGAGAAAGAGAGGGAGUCAAGGGUUUGACGCACGCUUUUGACCCUUUUACCCUUUUGUCACCUUGUAAGAGAGGUAUUUGUUUUUUUCUUCUUGGAGUGGUAAAUUGCAAUUUCUGGUCUGGCUGAUUGCUUUGAAGAUUAAAUUUUAUUGUCAUGGAAGAGAGUAAGAAUUCUGUUGCUGAUAUAGUGCCUAUUGUGUCAAAAAUAACUGAACACAAAUUAAAUGGGUCUAAUUAUAUUGAAUGGAGCAAGACUAUCAAAAUUUAUUUGAGAAGUGUUGCUAAAGAUGACCACUUGACUGAGGAACCUCCUAAUGAUCACACUAGAAAACUUUGGAUGCAAGAUGAUGCACGGUUAUUUCUGCAGAUGAAAAACUCUAUUAAUAGUGAUAUCGUUGGUCUGCUGAGUCAUUGUGAAUUUGUUAAAGAGCUAAUGGAUUAUCUUGAUUUUCUGUACUCUGGAAAAGGAAAUGUAUCUCGGAUGUAUGAUGUAUGGAAUGCUUUUCAUUGUCCUGAGAAGGGAGCUAAAUCCCUCACUGCAUAUUUUAUGGACUUCAAGAAGGUAUAUGAGGAAUUGAAUGCACUUAUGCCUUUCAGUCCGGAUGUUAGAGUACAACAGGCUCAACGGGAACAGAUGGCUGUUAUGAGUUUCUUAUCCGGUCUCCCAUCUGAGUUUGAGACUGCAAAAUCUCAGAUUCUUUCUGGUUCUGACAUUGGUUCCCUUCAGGAAGUUUUCAGUAGAGUUCUACGAACUGAGAAUGUCUCAUCUUCUCAGCACACCAAUGUUCUUGUUGCAAAAGGAGAAAAUGCAGAAAAUGCAAGAAGGGUGAAUAACAGGGGCGGAAACAGGGCAUUUGAAAAUCGGGGCAAUGAUUCAAGUACAACAAUUGUGUGUUUUUACUGCCAUGAGGCUGGCCAUACCAAGAAGAACUGCAGGAAAUUGCAAAAUCGAAAUCGGAGAAUUCAAACUGCCAAUGUUGCUACAUCUGAUACUGCUACAUUUUCAGACUCCUCAAACAAGAUCGUCACAAUGACAGCAGAGGAGUUUUCUAAAUAUUCACAGUAUCAAGACGCACUGAAAGCAUCUACUCCUGUUAGUGCUCUGGCAGAGUCAGGUAAAACAUGUCUUGUCUCCUCCUCAAACAAAUGGAUAAUUGAUUCAGGUGCCACAGAUCAUAUGACAGGUAAUCAUAAAACCUUCUCUACCUUCAGAACACAUUCUGCUCCUCCUGUUACUGUUGCUGAUGGUUCUACCUAUGAGAUUAAAGGGUCUGGGACUGUGAAACCAACAUCUUCUAUUACGUUAUCUUCUGUGUUAAACUUACCAAAUUUGGCCUUUAACCUAAUCUCUGUCAGUAAACUUACCAAAAAUCUGAAUUGUAGUGUCUCAUUUUUCCCUGAUCAUUGUGUGUUUCAGGAUCUUAUGACGAAACGGACAUUUGGUAAAGGACAUGUAUCUGAUGGGCUCUAUAUUCUUGACGAGUGGGUACCUCGACCAGUUGCGUGUGUCAGUACUGCCUCUCCUGUUGAAGCUCAUUGUCGGUUAGGACAUCCUUCUCUACCGGUGUUGAAGAAAUUAUGUCCUCAGUUUGAUACUUUACCUUCAUUAGAUUGUGAGUCGUGUCAUUUUGCGAAGCAUCAUCGUAGUUCUUUAGGACCAAGGCUUAAUAAACGGGCUGAGUCUUUGUUUGAAUUAGUACAUUCUGAUGUUUGGGGUCCGUGUCCUGUUACUUCUCAAACUGGGUUUCGAUAUUUUGUUACCUUUGUGGAUGAUUUUUCUCGAAUGACUUGGAUUUAUUUUAUGAAGAAUCGUUCAGAAGUAUUUUCUCAUUUUUGUGCCUUCUCUGCUGAGAUUAAAACCCAAUAUGAUGUGUCUGUGAAAAUAUUACGAAGCGAUAAUGGAAAAGAAUAUGUGUCUAACUCAUUUCAGAAUUACAUGAGUCAAAAUGGGAUUCUUCAUCAAACAUCUUGUGUUGAUACUCCUUCUCAGAAUGGGGUUGCUGAAAGAAAGAACAGGCAUUUACUUGAGACAGCUCGUGCCCUCAUGUUCCAGAUGAAGGUUCCGAAACAGUUUUGGGCUGAUGCAGUUUCCACAGCUUGCUUUCUGAUCAACCGUAUGCCCACUGUAGUGCUUAAAGGUGAUAUUCCGUACAAAGUAAUACAUCCACAGAAAUCACUUUUUCCACUGGCCCCAAGAAUUUUUGGAUGUACAUGCUAUGUUAGAGAUACAAGGCCUUUUGUUACUAAACUUGAUCCUAAGGCGUUACAGUGUGUUUUCUUGGGGUACUCAAGACUGCAAAAGGGCUAUAGAUGUUUCUCGCCUGAUCUCAAUAAGUAUCUAGUAUCAACGGAUGUUGUGUUUUCAGAAGACACAUCAUUUUUCUCUUCACCCACGAGUUCUGCAAGUGAGGAGGAUGAAGAAUGGCUUGUGUAUCAAGUGGUUAAUUCAAGACCAACUGUUGGGCAAUCAAGUGUGGUCGAUUCUGAUGCAUCUCUUGCUCCUUCGGGUCCUGUUGUUCAUAUUCCUUCUGCUCCAGCCAAACCACCAAUUGUUCAGGUGUACUCUCGGCGCCCAGUGACAACCGAUACAUGUCCUGCACCAGCUCCUUCGUCAUCUGAUCCUUCCAGUGAUCUCGACCUUCCUAUUAGUCUUCGGAAAGGUAAACGGCACUGCAAAUCUAUCUAUUCCAUUGCUAACUUUGUGUCUUAUGAUCACCUGUCAUCUUCCUCCAGUGUCCUUGUAGCUUCUAUAGAUUCUAUUUCCGUACCUAAAACUGUUACAGAGGCCCUGAAUCAUCCUGGUUGGAAGAAUGCAAUGCUUGAAGAAAUCUGUGCAUUGGAGGAUAAUCAUACAUGGAAACUUGUCGAUUUGCCUCAAGGAAAGAAAGUUGUUGGCUGCAAGUGGGUCUUUGCGGUAAAAGUUAAUCCUGAUGGCUCUGUGGCACGAUUGAAAGCCAGGCUUGUAGCUAGAGGAUAUGCUCAGACAUAUGGAGUAGACUAUUCUGAUACUUUCUCUCCAGUUGCCAAACUCAAUUCAGUUCGACUAUUUAUUUCUAUUGCUGCUUCCCAACAGUGGAUGAUACAUCAGUUAGACAUCAAGAAUGCUUUUCUUCAUGGUGAUCUAGAGGAAGAGGUCUAUCUGGAGCAACCUCCUGGGUUUGUUGCUCAGGGGGAGUAUGGGAAGGUUUGUCGUCUGAAAAAAGCUCUCUAUGGAUUGAAGCAGAGUCCCCGUGCUUGGUUUGGAAAAUUCAGUAAGGAGAUUCAAGCAUUUGGCAUGAACAAGAGCGAGAAAGAUCACUCCGUUUUCUACAAGAAAUCAGCUGCUGGUAUCAUACUUCUUGUGGUCUAUGUCGAUGAUAUAGUUAUUACAGGAAAUGAUCAUGCAGGAAUCUCUGAUCUUAAGACAUUCAUGCAUUCCAAGUUUCAUACAAAGGACUUGGGUGAACUGAAGUAUUUCCUGGGAAUAGAAGUAUCAAGGAGCAAGAAAGGGAUGUUCUUAUCACAAAGGAAGUAUGUGCUUGAUCUGCUUAAAGAGACCGGUAAGAUAGAAGCAAAGCCAUGUACUACCCCGAUGGUUCCUAAUGUACAACUUAUGCCAGAUGAUGGAGAUCCCUUCUACAACCCUGAAAGGUAUCGGAGAGUGGUUGGGAAGCUGAAUUAUCUCACCGUGACGCGACCAGAUAUUGCAUAUGCAGUAAAUGUUGUUAGUCAGUUCACAUCUGCGCCUACAAUAAAGCAUUGGGCGGCUUUAGAGCAGAUUUUGUGCUACCUAAAGAAGGCUCCUGGUCUAGGCAUACUAUAUAGUAGUCAGGGACACACUCGCAUUGAGUGUUUUUCUGAUGCGGAUUGGGCAGGUUCUAAGUUUGAUAGAAGAUCCACUACAGGUUAUUGUGUAUUCUUUGGCGGGAAUCUAGUGGCUUGGAAAAGUAAGAAGCAGAGUGUUGUAUCCCGUUCGAGUGCAGAAUCUGAGUACAGGGCCAUGGCACAGGCUACUUGUGAAAUCAUAUGGAUACAUCAACUCUUAUGUGAAGUGGGAAUGAAGUGCACAAUGCCAGCAAAGCUUUGGUGUGACAAUCAAGCCGCUCUUCAUAUUGCUGCGAACCCAGUCUAUCAUGAAAGAACCAAACACAUUGAGGUCGAUUGUCACUUCAUUCGUGAAAAGAUUGAGGAAAAUCUAGUCUCUACUGGCUAUGUGAAGACUGGAGAGCAACUUGGGGAUAUUUUUACAAAAGCUCUAAAUGGAACUCGAGUUGAGUACUUUUGUAACAAGCUGGGCAUGAUCAACAUCUAUGCUCCAGCUUGAGGGGGAGUGUUAGCUGUAUAUAUCUGUACAUACCA